AUAAAAAAGUGACUCAAAGGACUUACAUCGCCUAGGUCUAGUUUCGUAAGAAAAGUAACUUAUUUUCUAAUUUUAUCACCAAAAAUACCAUAUUCUCAAGAGAUCUAGAUUGCAAAGAGUUAAUGGACAGGGCUUGUGGUUGUUGUGAUCAGCUGUUUUGAGAGGGAGUCAAGACAAAUACGAUAAUAUACCUAACGGUUUGUGGACGACGACAAAAGCACAUUGCAAGCACGUUGAUAGAAAUACUUAUCUCCUCAAGCAGUUGGAUGUAUGCCGUUACUUAAGCUGUUACGUUGAAAGUUUUCAGUAAUAUUGACUGCAAAUGCUGACGGGAUUUUGGUUAACCUGACGAUUGUGGUCAUUGGAAACGUAAAGAAGACUAGACAACUGGAUUGCCGAGUCUUUUAUAAUGAAUGAAAAUUUGCUUAAAAGAUAUUUUAUGAUGAUGAUGUGAUGUGACUUCGCUGUUUAUCAAUAAAUCAGUUUUAGUAGAAUUCUCCUGCCUUCGCGAUACGGCGUAAAACUGAGCUCACCAUUUUGAGGAAUCACUUGUAACUAGCUAAGACGGCAUACACAAGAGACUCCGAAACGAAAAACUUCGAAAUACAGUUUCAAAACGCUUGUAUUUUUAUCCAAUAAAUUAUAUGUAACGCCACACAGACGUAUUACAGAAAAUAAUUUCCGUGCUGCCAAGAAAAAUAAUCAACCAAAAUUUCUCCUGGAAAACAGGAACCUUCAUGUCGAGGAAGAAAAAACAGCAUUUGAACAUCAGCUGUAAUUUGGGACUAUUCAGAGCAACGUAUUACAAAUAUAUAAAGAUUCAUGCUUCGGGUUCACAGAACUUAACCACUCUUCAGAAAUUAAAAUUUAUCAAGGAGCAAACGAUUUUUCCACGUGAAGAAAAGUUCUCAUUUUGUUGGUGAAGAUGCUACGCAAUUGUCGAUUCUUGUUUUUCUUUUGUCCAUGCAGGCGUUUGUGUUCUCCAAGAAGACUGUUGAUGUUUGGAAUGCUUCUCGUGCUGUAUUUUAUAACGAACUUAAUCAUUAAGUCGGAAAAUAUUACUGCAGGGAAUUUGGACAGGAAUACAUACAAGCAUCAAGCUCAUGUCCCGAAAUCGAGUUUAAAAGGGUUUUCUCAUCUGAAGCCCAAGAUACUGACAUUACCUGCACCACGGCCAAUUUCUGAGUUCGUAGCUAGUAACGGAACAGUACCAUGCCUUAAAAAAGGAACGAAAAAAGUAGAUAAAGAAGGAUGUGUCUGCAAAAACGGUUGGUUUGGAAAAUCCUGCAACAUACCAGAAUCCAUUCACUUUUCCAAAGAACUUACAACCAAGGAAUUCCUGGAAUUUCGACCUGCAACAGCCAGGCGUAUUAUUUAUGCAGCUCCUUUUAACCACGAAUUUGCAAUGCUAGAAGCAAUACUUAAUGACUUGAAUGAUCUAGUUGACGCGUUCAUCAUUCUGGAGUCACCUUUUUCAGCAUUCGGUGUCAGGAAACCCGUACGGCUGCUUCCCAGACUUCAUCGAGGCUACCUUAAAAAAUUCCAUUCAAAAAUGUUGUAUUUAUAUCUUGAUCAUUUUCCUCUUAAUGGGAGAAAAAAAGGUCAUAUUGCCGACUCGUAUCUAAGGUCUUAUCUUGGGAAGAGAGGAAUGCCUAAUAUAAGGAACGUCGCUGAUGAUGACUUGUUCUUAGUAUUUGAUAUGGACGAAAUACCUUCACGUGACUCUCUUAUCUUCUUGAAGGCUCAUGAUCGUUAUCCAGAACCGUUUGGCUUCCGUUUUAGAUGGUCUGCCUUUGGAUACUUCUGGAAGCACCGUCAUUACAGUCAAGUACCUGCUGGAUGUACAAUUGGUAUGUUGAGGAAAGUCUACCAUGAUGACUCCAAUCUAGUGCGUGACGUCCAUCAUGGCGUGACUAAAAACAAACAAGAGGAAUUCCUGGAAUACAGACAGACUAGUUUGGUUCACCCAUGGUUCCUAGGAGAAGUUGGACACUUUGCUGGGUGGCAUUGCUCAAGCUGCUUUGAUCUUAAAGGCAUUAGAACAAAGUUUAUGUCAGCUCAGAAUGCAGAUUGGCCGAGAUGGGGUAGCAUACCUGAAAAAAUGAGCCUUGAAAGUAUUCGAAAUAUGGCCACAUGGACACUGAUGAAAAACGCACUGCGCAUGCGUUGGGAGAAAAAAAAACAAAAUGGCGGACAAUAACAAUUGAUCACAUCUAAAGGGUUGUACCUUUCAUGUGCUUCAAAAAGUGCACCGCGUCACCAUACGAUAUGGGUUGUGCAGGAAUACUGGGCAACUGACUCUCGUUCAAUGGGCGUCGGUAAAUCCCUUCUAUCGAUGGUAGUACAGGAGUCUGUGGAUCCCCAACACCUAUUCCAAGAGCCGUGUAUAUUGUACCUCUCUGGACCCCAGUGGGUGGCAUCCAGACCGCUUCAGGGUACACUUUAUCGGGUGUGGUCCCUUCAGGGGCGUAUUCCUUGGGGUCUGUGUAUAUGAUGGCUCCACUGGCGUUAAACCGUGCAGCAUUUGCAACCUGUUCAUUAAAUAAUAGGUUAUGAUUUGAGCUAAUAAUAUAAGUGGUAAGUUAGAAUCUGUUUUAAAUGGUGGCCCGUCUUUCAUGUUUUUGAUCCAGCCAACUUUAAUGAGACGAAGCUAGUAAGUUUCUUUUCUUUUAAUAAUCUAACGUAAUAAUUAAUGAUGAUUCAUUUUUACUAAUACUUACUAAUUACUAAUGGCGGUGCCAUUGAAGAUCUUCAUGGCUACAAGCAUUAUUAAGCUGAUAAUGACUAGAUUUUAAUAGACGGGACUGCGUUUACUACUGAGUUGGGACUAGUUUACGUACUUGUUAAAUAAUUGAUAUUAAUGUGUUUCUUAUCUAAAUAUUGUAAGUAGUUUGAUAGCUUUGUAGGUCCCCUAUGGAUACUACCCUAGUUGCUGAAGAGCCACCCUGCUUCAAUAAAAAUGACAUUGACAUUGUU